ACAGACACUGCCUCCUGAUGCUCUCCACUGGCUGUCCUCUUAUCAGCUGAAGCGCCCUUUUGGAAGAUUUGAUGACAUUGAUAGGUCCACGGUAUUAUGAGGGUCCAGAAAUACUGAAUUGCCCAUCAGUUUCAUCUUUCAGCUAGCAUCGCAGAAGCACAAUCGAGAUAGUAAUUAAGCAGCGCUAAAGCGGCUCCGCUGCAACUUUGACACGUUGUAGUUUAAAAAGUUAUAAAAGAAAACACAUAUUAGCACUGUCUUAAGUUUCAGGUGAACGAUAUUCUGUUCGGACAUUGAGCUAAGGACAUGGAUUUCGACGAAUACAGAAAGCGAGGCAAAGAGAUGGUGGAUUACAUAGCCAAUUAUCUAGAGAAUAUCCGUGAACGUCGAGUGUUUCCAGACGUCAAGCCGGGCUAUAUGCACGACCUGGUACCUGAGUCGCCGCCAUUGCAGGGAGAAGCCUGGGAGGACAUAUUUGGUGACGUAGAGAGGGUCAUAAUGCCAGGGAUCACCCACUGGCAAAGUCCACACAUGCACGCAUAUUUUCCCGCUUUAAAUUCUUUUCCUUCUCUACUUGGUGACAUGUUAGCAGACGCAAUAGGGUGUUUGGGCUUCACGUGGGCGUCCAGCCCUGCGUGCACGGAGUUGGAAACCAUAGUAAUGGAUUGGUUGGGCAAGAUGAUAGGACUUCCUGCAGAAUUUCUCCAUAGCAACCAGCAAACAAAAGGUGGCGGAGUGAUACAGACGACCGCAAGUGACGCCACAUUUGUUGCCCUGUUGGCAGCGCGCAGCAUGGUGAUCAAGAAAUACCGCGCCAUGGACAAUAAUCUGGAAGACGCGGAGAUAAACUCGCGGCUAGUGAUGUACUGUUCGGAUCAGGCACAUUCAUCUGUGGAAAAAGCCAGUUUGAUAGGUUUGGUAAAAUUGCGUCUGCUCCCAAGUAAUGACUCCCUUAGCCUGUGUGGUCAGACACUCAGGGACGCCAUUGAAGAGGACAGGUCACGGGGGCUCAUCCCCUUCUUUGUUUGUGCCACAUUGGGAACAACAGGUGCAUGCAACUUUGACAACCUGGAAGAGCUGGGACCUGUAUGCGAGAAGGAAGAAAUGUGGAUGCACAUAGACGCAGCGUAUGCUGGCACUGCGUUUCUGUGCCCGGAGUACAGACAUUAUCUUAAAGGUGUAGAGUACGCUGAAUCCUUUGCCUUUAACCCCUCUAAGUGGAUGAUGGUUAACUUCGACUGCACAGCCAUGUGGGUGAAGAAUAGCGGUGCUCUCCAUAGAACUUUCAACGUAGAACCCAUAUACCUUCAGCAUGAAAACACAGGAGCUGCCAUAGAUUACAUGCACUGGCAGAUAGCGUUGAGCAGACGAUUUCGAGCACUCAAGUUGUGGUUCGUGAUAAGGUCAUUUGGGGUCAAAGGAUUGCAACAACACGUGCGGAAGGGUAUCCGCCUCGGAAUGAAAUUUGAGCGUUUGGUUCGACAAGAUCCACGGUUUGAGAUACCUUCUGAACGAAUCCUUGGACUAGUGGUUUUCCGAUUAAAGGGCGACAACGUGCUAACUGAGCACCUGCUGAAAAAGAUCAACGCACGAGGGAAGCUCCACAUGGUCCCCGCCACCUUCAAGGGGCAGUACGUGCUCCGGUUCACGGUCACCUCUCAGUAUACUACGGAGGAUGACAUUCUGCGGGACUGGACCAUUAUACGAUCAACAGCCAAUGAGAUCUUGCAGGAGGCGCCUGAGGCACCGGUCCUUCUUCACGUCAACGGAGAGGCGGAGAAAAUGUUACCAAACAUGGAGGCAAAGAAUAGAAAAGAUUUUGGGAUGAGCUUGUUGCUAUUCAACGUCCCCAUGUCUCCCAAGUUCAUCAAUGGUAGCUUUGCAGCACUGUUUGAUAGUGCUGAUCUGAAGGUGGAGUUUCUUCAGCAAUAUGGCGACCGCGACCUCACGCGACUGUUGCCGCUGUCACCUCGAAAGCGGUUGAAGAAGGCGUCCAAACAGCUCAGCCUGGACGUCGAUUCGUCUAGGAUCCCGUUCCGACCUUCGCGUUACUUACGCUCCUACCAGAAAAAUUCCCUAGAUUCAAAAAUCGAAGAAAUAUUUGAGUUAACUCUAGAGGAUGAGGCUGCCAAGGAGCAAGUUAGCGCAGAUGCGACAUCGGAUGAAGUCACCCCUCUACCUGCCCAACCUGAGAAAAAUGGCAUUGAGAAGAAAGUAUGCGAGCACUGCGGCUCCGUACUGAACUGCCCGUAAACCAAACCAAUCUCAAUUAACUGUAUUCAGGAUAUCAUGUAGGCCUAUACAUUUUAGUUAAUGUGUCAUUUGCAGUCUAAGCGCUGAAUCAGACAAAAUAUAAUAAACCAAUUCAACUCAAACUUUUAAGUGAGGCGCUCUACUUCAGGCUACACCAUUCACUAGGGGACCAUUCAGAAUGAA